ACUCUGGACAACCUCUUGAACGACAUCCGUAGUAAUACCCAGGAAGAUGCUGCCGCCGCAACUUCUGGCUAUGCCACCCCGGUACCCAACACCAGCCGUCCCAUGAGUGCUCAAGAGCCCAUCUCUCCUAUGGAUGUCCCCAGUCUUGGUCCCCCUUCUCCGCCCGUCCAGACUGCUACCCCAGCCACUGCUCGCUUUAGCAUGAUGCGAUGGAGGCACUUCUCCGACGGACAGCUCUCAGCCAAGGCAAAGCUGCAUGCUGAUGCAGACAAGACCCCUCCAGUGCCGCAAGUCCCACUCCAACAUCAAUCGCAAAGUAUCUNNCCUGUGCCAAACCCUCAGAUCAUCACCACUGCCCCCACCAUGGAUGAACACAACCAUCCUGUCCAUCGCCCUAGGAAAUCAAAGAGUCCGUUCAAGCGUCAGAUAUCCAAGCUUAGCCCAGCGAAGCGUCGAGAAUCCACCGAAGACCACCGACCCUGGCGCAGAGGCCGCUCUGUAGACAUCGACCGCCUCGUUCCUGAUGCCGUUGCGCCCCCGCCCUACGGCGAUGAAUCCAACUCGGCUCUGGCACUGCCUGUCACUCGUUUGUCGGACUCAUCUGGAGAACAACGAAGUUCUGGAGAACAUGUCACUUAUGCCACGACGACCACCACUCAUACCAUUUCCACCACUACAACCCUGUUCAGAUUGCCACGCCGCAACAAGAAGAACAAGUCUCUGUUCCCUCUACCUGACAAACCGGCGUCUCCACCCAACCCACCGCCGGAAACGCAGACCCCACAUGGCACGCCUCGACCCUCGACCAGCGCCAUCUCGACUAACUCUAACAUCGAGUCGCCAGAAAGGCAGAGACGACCUCCUCCUCUAAGCGCUCUACAGCGACGUCAUACUGAAGCCUCACGACCACGCUUGUUCUUGUCGUCUUCGCCAGCUCCUGCGCAGCUUGCAAAGUCGUCUAUUGCCGCUCUUGCUACUCAUGGGGGUGCUCCGCUGUUCAGGAAUGACUCCAGCAACUCUACCCAUUCAAUGGGCUCUUCACCAAUACUUCAUCCACCACGUAGAUUCGGCUUGCGAGAUAGGUCUUCAACCGUGAGUUCGUUCGGACGCCGAUCAGAGGACAAUACCCCUCCCACUCCGCCUAUCCCAUCCAGCGCUCGUAACUCGACCUCGACCUCGGGACGGACCAGCUUAGGAGGCUUUCUUGGUUUCAACCGCUUUCGACACAACUCGGAUCUCCGGGACCGUAACUCUUCGCCUGGGUUCCAUUCAAAAUCUAACUCGUUAUCUCCUAGCGUUCACGAGCCUCUAGUGAUACCCGACCGCGAAGAUGGUGACACGCCAGGCAAAUAUUUGGAGCGAUUGCAAGCUGCUGUGUCUCGAAGUCUCAUUGCUGGUAUACUGUCGAAGUCAUCCGACCCCUUCGCUCAAGCUGUUUUGCGAAGUUACUGCCGGAAGUUUUCUUUCUUUGGAGAGCCGAUUGAUAUGUCCUUGCGCAAGUUUCUACUUGAAGCGGAGUUGCCAAAAGAGACACAGCAAGUGGACAGAGUUAUACAAGCUCUUGCUGACCGGUACCACGAGUGCAAUCCUGGUAUCUUCCAGUCGCCUGACCAAGCCUAUAUCAUCGCUUUCUCAUUAAUGAUGCUGCAUACCGAUGCUUUCAACAAAAACAAUAAGCGGAAGAUGCAGAAACAUGAUUACAUCAAGAACACAAGUGGUCAGAACGUCUCGGAUGACGUGCUGGGUUGCUUUUACGACAACAUAUGUUAUACACCCUUUAUUCACUUCGAAGAAGAAGUCGACAUUAAUGGAGAGCGCCUACUUACCUUCAAGCCAAAGAAGAGCAAGCUCCGAGGAAACAUACCUGAUCCUGGGAGGAAGAAUAGCGGACCCAUCGACCCCUAUGCGUUGAUCUGUGAUGGCAAGCUGGACACUCUGCGUCCCUUGAUAAAGGAGUCGAUCACCAUGGAAGAUCCCUACAGCUACCUAGGCACUGCAAACUUCUUUGACAUGAAGAAGUUGCAGAAGGCAUUCGUGAACACCGCUGUCCUCCAAAUCAUCUCUGCUCGCUCCAGACCUGCUGCUUUCGAAUCGCAAGCUACCCGCGACAACCCCAGUGAAUCAGCAAUCGGAUUAGUAGACCUCAAGGUCACGAAAGUCGGCGUCUUGUGGCGAAAAUCUACAAAACGCAAGAAGACGCGAUCUCCAUGGCAGGAGUGGGGUGCUAUAUUGACCGGGUCUCAACUUUAUCUCUUCAAGAACGUUACUUGGGUGAAGAGCUUGAUGACGCAGUACCACACACAUGUCAAGCAAGAAGGUACUAAUGCGCCUGUCAUUUUCAAACCUCCAAUCCAGGAUUUCAAGCCAGAUGCCCUCAUCAAAACCGAUGACGCUGUUGCUUUGCUCGAUCGCAGCUACCUGAAGCACAAGGACGCAUUCACUCUGGUUCGUCAUGGCGGCCAGGAGGAAGUCCUGAUUGCUGAAAACGAGACCGAAGUCAACGAUUGGAUUGCCCUGAUCAACUAUGCUGCAGCUUUCAGAUCUGCUGGUGUCAGAAUCCGUGGGUUCAUUGGUGGAACGGACACUGAUGUCACGGUCAACAGCCGCGGCAGACUCAACUCCACAGCAUCUGUUGACUCUUCGAUCAAUGCAUCCAUCGGCUCGGCUUUGGGUUCGACGAUAACGCAUGACGGACAAGUCACUGUUGAGAAGAGAGAUCUUACUCCACAACUUGUCAGGCAGGUAUUGGCUGCUCGACGACAAAUCAUGUUACAAACCAUAGUAGAGUCGGAAAGAGAGGUCACUGAUGCAAUCAGGAAUCUUGAAAACAUGAUGCGCAAUGCUCGUCAUCUGCUGAUCCUUGCACCUAUCCAACCGAAGACAAGAGAAGACGUUUGUCACGCCACCGCGCGAAUGGAUGCCAAUUUGAAAUGGAUCAGACGUGACAUCUGGCGGACCAAGUGUCACAGAGACAUUCUUUCACUGGAUCUACAAGAAGACGGAGACAUCUUCGACAGCAAGUUACCAGCUCCGAUGCUGAACAUUCGCAAAACUAGUGGGCUUCAGAAGACAAUCUCAAAAACAAACUCUGCCAUGAGUCAACAAACAAGCCUUCAAUCGCCAGCUCACUCGCCCCGACUGAUCAGCGGCGAUGGUCAGGGAGAGGGCGUCUUCAACAGAGAUGUCUUCAAGACACCACCCGAACACGCCCUCAGGUAUGGGGAUGCUUGGCAGCUGCCCACAAGCCCGCUAGACCUCAACAGCCCACAACAGGCUCGCCGACCUUCGACUAUUAGUAAUGCGCAGUCUGUCAUUCGUAAACACAGCGUCGCUGGGUUGUCAGUCGCUUCUAGCGCACAAGAUGGAGACAGACACUUGUCCUCUGCCGCCUCUGACGCCCCCUCCCGUCAUGGCCGCUUAACUCCCACCCGAAGUUACGAGAGCCGUGACCAUGAAGCGGUGCUUCUCGCCCGAGACCCCCUAGCCCCAAUAGCGACCGCCGCCACUCAGUCUUCCGCUGGAUUCCCGGAAUCAUCAACCGCAACUCCAGAAAGUGCCUCCAAGAUCAAGAGCGGAAGAAGAAGCCUACAUCGUACUUUGAGGGAUGGUCGUCAUGAAACGUCUACUUCUCAACGCCACCGAAGAGGCAAGGAGAGUGCUAGCACUAUUCGUUCGGAUGGAAGUCGUGUUGACGACCUUGUCGAGGCUACUCCAGGGCUGGAGAGAAAGGCUGCUAGAUUCAUGGUUCAUGGCAAGCAAGCUUCAGUCGUCACUUUUGGCGCAGAUUGGGCAGAGGAGAAGAUGCGCCGCGAACUCGCACGAAAGCACUCCGCAUCGACUCAGAACAGUACCGAGGAGAGUGGACCAGAAGCCAAUCUGCAAUACCACGUCACUCAAGCAUUGUCAUCUGUCAGCGGCCACAACACUGGUGCAUUGGACUUCCAUGCAAAAGACGCCAUAUCACCUGAGGACCUUCCACUCCCAUCAUCACCUCCUACAGCUGUCCCAUCAUCACCUCCUACAGCUGUCGAACAGCACAACAUGGAUGACAACACUAUCCCGUUUUCUCAAUAUAUUGAGAACGAAAAACUGCGUGAGCUUAUCUCAUCAAGCAAA